GUGUGUGCGCUCUCAGCGGAGGUGCAGAGGCAGGACUACUUAUGUCACCGAGCCACUGUUAUUAUGAGCCCACCGAUGACACCAGAGUGUGACAUGAGGGAGAUGCUGACCGGCUGAAGGGAUGAAUGAACGCAUGAAUGACUGACUACCUGCUCCGGGCUGCUGACAUCUUAACCAGGGGUUUCUGGGCACUCUAUGCUGCUCGGGGAGAGGACCAGCGCUGGGACGUAGUCAGGCUGUGGCUCAGUUGUGCUCCGAGCCUGGAGUGCGCCGUCAGAUGGAGGUCACCGAUCUGGAUCCGGACCCUCGGGCGGAGGGGUCUGAAGGAGAGGGUCCGUGCGUCCCGAGCAGUCCCGGGACAGAGCCUGUUGUGCUUGAGUAUCCUGUAGAGUAUGAUCCAUAUGGUUCAGAGAUCCGGGAGGCGUUCAGGGUCCUGGAUCGGGAUGGCAAUGGGUUCAUCUCCAAGCAGGAGCUUGGCAUGGCCAUGCGCUCACUAGGGUACAUGCCCAGUGAAGUGGAGCUGGCAAUCAUCAUGCAAAGAUUGGACAUGGAUGGUGAUGGACAGGUGGACUUUGAUGAGUUCAUGACGAUACUCGGACCGAAGCUCCUGUCCUCUGAAACGCGGGAAGGUUUCCUUGGAAACACAAUCGACAGCAUAUUCUGGCAGUUUGACAUGCAGCGGAUAACACUGGAGGAGCUGAAACACAUCCUUUUUCAUGCCUUCCGGGACCACCUGACGAUGAAGGACAUUGAGAACAUCAUCAUCAAUGAGGAGGAGAGCUUGAACGAGAACUCGGGGAACUGUCAAACAGAGUUUGAGGGAGUUCAUCCCAAAAAGAAGAAUCGGCAGACGUGUGUGCGCAAGAGCCUGAUAUGCGCGUUCGCCAUGGCCUUCAUCAUCAGCGUCAUGCUCAUCGCAGCCAAUCAGAUGCUGCGCAACGGCAUGGAGUAGCGACACCACUGUGAGCGGGGCGGAGCCUGCAUGUGCAUGUCUGUGGAUGAAGUUGUCGAAACUCAAGAAACAAAACCAAACACCUCACUACUGAAAAGAGGAGCUUUUUAUUCUUUUUUUUAUUUGUAUUCUCCCGUUACUUCUCCACGCAGACCAAGCGACACAGGAAGUGUAGAGGCGAGCCAAGCCAGCAUGUUACACGGGGCCUCAUCUCUCAGGCAGGGACUUUAAAGGGCUGACUUUCUGCUUUUCGUGCCACCUCUGUUCCCUAAUGCAAUAACACGCAGGAGUUCAUAAACCGUCGCCGUCUCCUCCGUGGCUUCAGAUAUUUCAGCAGGGAUUCGCUGAUGAGCUUCUGCUGGGUUCGGGCCUGCUGUCGAUGUAGGAAGGCAAAAGUAAUUGGCAACUCAUUACACCUUUGUGGAGGGAGAGUUACAGCAUCCACUCCGGAGACUAUUUAUGUCUGCUCUUGCCAGAGUGCUUUUCUGGCUCGGGGGAUGGUGGGAGGCCGGGGAAGGAGCGCUCGUUGUCGUCCAUAAUUAAAUCCAUAGUCGUCAGCUCCAAAAAUCCAUGAGCCUGACACAUAGUUUUCAUCAUUUCGAAUGUGCUCUGCUAUUCGAUUGUGCGAUCUUCCUGUGUCUAAUGCUUUUCCUGAAGUGGUUUGUAAUGAGCACGCCCACACAAAAUGUUGAAACACAACGGAAAGUUGUGCAGAUUUCCACAAAAUUAGAACUGCCGUCAUUCAUAAGUUCUAUUUCCAUGUUUGUUCCGACAGUUGUUUUGUUCAAACUGGUACAGCAUGGCGAAACAGGUCUAAUUCCCAGGAAAUGAAUGUAUAUCUUGAAAGCAUUUUAGGUUGCUUUGGGUAAAAUUAUCUACCAUAUAGAGUCCUGCAGUCGUGACGUCAAAACCCAGAAGACUAAUUCGCCAUGGGUUCCCUCAAGAUUUUCC